UACGACGGCCUUUGCCGAGUGUCAACCAAUCAGCUGUCAGCGUCAUUGACAAGUAGUGUUUGUGUAUGACGUCACUGCUGGAGCGCAAGAUGGCCGCGUCCGAUCGACACCGGGACUGCCUCUGAGUGUGUUUGUUCUGGUUGAGUUCCGAUAAUCGAUAAACCGACAGAGACACGCAACGAACCACUCCACCCUCCCGGAGCCGCUUGAGGAUGGACGCAGUGGAGUUUAUGGACAAUAUGGACCCGACUUUAUCCGAACUGGGCGAUGAGUUCACAAUGGGAGACAUCGACGAGAUGCUGCAGUUCGUCAGUAAUCAGGUGGAUUUCCCAGAUCUGUUUGAGGAUCAGAUGAGGGCUGGAUCUGUGGCCCCUGUACGGCCCCCUCCACAAACGGUCCCCAGUGCCGUACUGACCCCCCCACACACACCUGUACAGACCAGCAGUCAGACGCAAACCCGCACACCACCUCUACUGCAGCCCAGACCACAGGCAAUCACACAGGUGCAGACAUUUCCUGUGCAGACACUGGCUGUGCAGACGCAGGCGCAGCCGCAGACGGUGAUGAUUACUCCCACUGCUGCGCAGUCCCGAUUCAUCCAGAGCCCUAUGAUCUGCCAGCAGAACCACAACACGAGCUUCCAGGUGCUCCAACCACAGAUGCAGAGCAUUGUGACAUCAUCGCAGGUUCAGCCAAUGACGAUCCAGCAUCAGCGUUUGUUGACUCAAACUGGGCAGACGAUACAGACUCUCUCGACAGCGCCAGCUGCUGUUCAUACAAUGUCACAACAAGUGCCUGUGUUGGUGCAUCAGCCUCAGAUCUUGAAGACGGACUCUCUGGUUCUGACGACACUGAAGCCGGACGGGACUCAAGUUCUCUCUACCGUACAGAACCCGACUGGCAUCACCACUCUGACCACACCCAUCCAGACCACCGCACUGCAGACACUGAUGGGCAGCAACAUUCUCACCACUGUUCCCGUCAUGAUGGGAGGAGACAAACUGCCAAUUAAACAGCUGUCAUCGGGCAUCAGCCACUGCGGGGGCGGGGUCAGGAUGCCUGUGGAUCAGGGCAUGACUGUUACCAUGGGAACAGGAGGCGUCGUGAAAGAGGGCGAGAGACGAACGACACACAACAUCAUCGAGAAACGCUAUCGCUCGUCCAUCAACGACAAAAUCCUGGAGCUCCGCGACCUCGUCAUGGGCAACGACGCCAAGAUGCACAAGUCUGGCGUUCUGCGUAAAGCCAUCGACUACAUCAAGUAUCUGCAGCAGGUGAACCACAAACUCCGUCAGGAGAACCUCACGCUGAAGAUGGCCAAUCACAAGAACAAGUCGGUGUGUAUUUCUGAUGAUGUGGAUCUGAAGCCAGAGCUGUCGUUUAUUUCUCCUCCUCCAUCUGAUUCGGGCUCCAUUUCUCCUCCUCAACUCUCGCCCUUCUGCAUCGACUCAGAACCAGGAAGUCCUCUGACGGAGCACGAGCAGAUGAAGAGUGAGCCGGACUCGCCGGCGUCUGUUGGCGUGAUGGAUCGCUCUCGUCUGCUGCUGUGCGCGCUCACGUUCCUCUGUCUGUCUCUCAAUCCUCUGCCGUCUCUGUUGGGUUCGGAGAGGACGAGUCUGUCCGCCACUCACGGAGCCUCACGCUCGCUCUUCUCUCUGCCCGACCAGACGCAGAACUUCGCGGCGUGGCUGUGGUGUGUGUUGCCGUGGUUUCUGGUGUGGGUUCUGAGCGGAGUGGGCGUGGUUUGGGGGUGUGUCCGGGUUUUGUACCUGUGGGAGCCGGUGACGCCCCUCCACUCGCCCACGUCAGUGCGUUUCUGGAGACACCGCAAACAGGCCGACCUGCAGCUCUACAGGGAUGAUUAUGCGGCAGCGGUCUCGAGUCUGGAGACGUGUCUGUCCAUGUUGUCCAGAGUUCUGCCCUCCACCACCAUCGACAUCAUCUGCUCGCUCUCCUGGAAUCUGAUUCGAUACUGCCUGCGUAAACCCGCCCCUCUGGGCUGGCUGGUGCGUCUGUUUGGUGGGAAGCAUGAGGGGGAGGAGUCACAGACGAGUGCGCGGGACGCGGCAUUGGUGUAUCAUAAACUCAACCAGCUGCAGCUCACAGGUAAACUGGAGCGCAGUCCCCUCUGGAGUGUGUGUGUGUCUCUGAGUGCAGUGAAUCUGUCUGAGAGCGCCGAGGGAAAGAUUUCAGUCAGUCAGCAGAUUCAGAUCUAUGUGACGGCUGCUAUCAGUCUGAGAUCAGCACUGGGGAAACAUCUCACCUGUCUGCCCGGUUAUUUAUUGAGCUGUGCCGAGAGUUUGAGCUGUCAAUCAGACUAUAAGCCCCUCCCAGACUGUCUGCGCUGGAUCUUCACACCAUUGGGCCGUCAGUUCUUCCUGAGCUGUGAUUGGUCAGUGAGGUCAGAGAGCAGUGAGCAGAUUUUCACCUGUCAGAGAGAUGAAGCGGAUCCGAUUGCACAACUGCACCGCUGCUUCUGUGAGAAACUUCUAGAAAGAGCCGUUCACACACUGAUUGAGCCACAGAGUAGCAAACACAUGGAGGAGACUGGGGAGUUCACGGGUGUUCUCGAGUUUCUCCAGUUGUUGAACAGCUGCACUGAAGACUCCACCUCCACAACCACCCCCUUCCAUGCGCUGGCCAAUCAGAACAUGACACCAGUGAGGGAUCCUGUGUGUCGCUGGUGGGUGUCAGUGCUGAAGGCCGCUGUUCAUUGGCUGCAGGGUGAUGAUGCGACUGUGAGAUCACUGCUGGUGGAGGCGGAGCGAAUGCCCAGAGCUCUUCACACGCUGGAUCACCCGCUGCCGAAGGCCGUCCUGGCGCUGUGUAAGGCGGUUCAGAUGAGUGUGUGUCCUCAGAAGGGAGAGGGAGUGUUGAACUGUCUCACACACUGUCAGAGAGCCAGCGCACAUCUACACAUCAGUGUGUGUCAGUCGCACAACACCUGGCUACACAAGGGGGUGGAGCUUCUGGUCUGUGACCUCCUCCUGACUCUGAGAACCAGCCUAUGGCAGCGUGGAGGCAGGUCUAAUGGAGAGCCUGGCCCCGCCCCUGGACCCCAAUUGGCUGGAUUCCAAAGGGACUUGAGCUCUUUGCGGAAGCUCGGACAAGCCCACAGACAGGCCCAGCACAAGUUGUUCCUGCAUGAAACGACAGUCCGACUGAUGGCAGGAGCGAGUCCGACACGCACACACCAACUGCUGCGGCACAGAACACACAACUACACAACAGCAGAUGGCAACAGCAUCCCGGGCGAGCGCGAGAGAGCUCAUGCCAUCCUGCUGGCGUGUCGUCACCUGCCGCUGCCGUUACUCACCCCGCCGGGUCACCGCACCCGCCUGCUGGCUGAAGCCAAACGCACACUGGAGAGAGUCGGCGACCGUCGCUCACUGCAGGACUGUCAACAGAUACUGUUGCGUCUGGGAGGAGGGACCACCAUCGCCGCUUCAUAACACACACACACGUCUGACCUAUGAUGAUCUCAUGAAGAACAAGUCCAGAUCAUAUUUCAUCCCAAAAUAUAAAGAAACUAUAUUUGAAUUGAAGGAAAUGAAAUAUGUUGAUGACAUCACUGUUAUGCAAGGUGGGAAAUAACAGUGCUGUCAGAAAUUAACACAAUCAACAACACAAUCUGUCUCAUAUCUGCUGAUGUAAACCAUUUAUUACAGAUCUCAAGACUGUCCUCUAGCAGCAUGAACUAGAAGAACUGAUGUUACACAUAUAAACAGACGGUUCUGUUGCGAGGGCAUUAUAUGUGGCAUUCUUUGCCCUGAACACAGUUUCUGAACCUGGUCGUGUGAAAAUAUACUUCAUUUUCUUUCAAAUAUACAAAAUAUUGUUUGUUUGGGAAAUAUGAGCCGUUCAUGUUCUUGACUGGUUUGAUGAGAGUCAGUCCAUGUAGAGACACAUUUAUAAACCACAUAUAAUAGAACACGCACACGCACACUCAUACACACACGCGCAUUCACACACACACGUGCUCAUACACACACGUUCGUGCGCGCGCA